GUCUCUGCCUCCCCUCCCACCCUCGCCUGCCCCUCCCUGCCUUCCCUGUGUCGAGGGGCGGCAGCGCGCCGCUCCUCACUCCUCCUCGUUUCCCCCGACGACUGCUCCCCUGCAGACUCUCCACAUGGACGUGUCGAGCCCGCACGCCCUCUGUCCGCUGCCGCGUCGUCCCGCGUGCACCCCGUCACCCCGCCAGUUAGCACCCCGCCCCUCUGCCCGCUUAUCGCACGUACGCUCCCCACCACCCGCUCGCUCCCCAUCGUCCUGCACCCAGACCGCUGCCCGCACGCACCCCGUCUCCCACUCGCUUCUUGCCCCCGUACGCACUCAGCAACCCGCUCGCACUCCGCCACCCGCUCGCUCCCCGCCGCCCCGCACCCCGCCGCCCGUACGUACCCCACACCCAGUACUCACCCCGCACCCCGAACGCACCCUGCACCCCGCUCCUGGACGCACUCCGUCCGCACCUCGCACCCCGCCGCCCGUACGCACCCUGGCCGCAUACCGCUCUUGUACGCACCCCGUACCCCGACCGCACCCCGCGCUCGUACGCACCCAGCACCAGGACGCUCCUCGCCGCUCGUACUCACCCGGCACCCCCCGUUCAUCCGAAGGCCCCGCGGCCCCCUGCUAGAAGGCCCCGAGGGACAAAACUAG